CUCCUCACACCUCCUGGCAACCGGGCCUCCUCAUGAGAAUUCCUGGAAAUAAGCACAUGAGCACUCAGAGCUCAGAACGUGGUGCUGCCCAGGCACUGUUGCUGGGACAGAGGUCCUCCAGAGCACCAGGAUGGAAUCAUCCCCCGGUGUUGCAAGGAAGUCGCCAAAUGAGACUAAUGACUCCCCCACAUCAGAUCCUCAUCCUGCUGGCCCCCCUCCUCCCUAUGAUCCUCCUCCCCGGAUGUACUCUGAAGGCCCCCAAGUUCUUCACGUAGACCUCUGGCCAAGACUCUGCCCAAACAGCACGUCCUCUGGAAAGUUCUCCUCCCCUAACCCCGCAACUGUGGGACCCCGCAGCUGGCCAGCUGCCUCUGCUCCCAUGCUGGCUGUGUUGCCAAUGGCCACCAAAGCAUCUCUCUCCAGAGGGAAAUCACUGGUGGAUGGGGCCUGUAUACAGUAGGCACUCAGGAAAUUUUUAUGGAGUGGACUCCCGUUCUCUACUCUGCAAACACACCACCCCUCAGGCCACACAGGAAGGGAAGGCAGAGGCCCCCCAGGUGGGGCCUGGGUUUUGGGACUUUAAACAAAUUUUUCAAGGAAUUCUCAGGCAGUCUCCAGAUUCAGAACUGCUGGGUUGGAUAGAUUCCUGGAGGGCACAGUGAAGAUGACGUCACCAUUGAAAAGCACCCUUUAGGUCGGGUGCGGUGGCUCAGGCCUGUAAUCCCAGAACUUUGGGAGGCCAAGGCUGGUGGAUCGCAUGAGGUCAGGAGUUCAAGACCAGCCUGGCCAACAUGGCAAAACCCCGUCUCUACUAAAGAUACAAAAAUAAGCCGGGUGUGAUGGCACAUGUCUAUAGUCCCAGCUACUCAGGUGGCUGAGGCAGGAGAAUCGCUUGAACCCGGGAGGCGGAGGUUGCAGUGAGCCGAGAUCGCACCACUGCACUCCAGCCUGGACGACAGAGUGAGACUCCGUCUC